CAUGCGGAGGGCACGUCAGCAAUCAUUUGUGCUAUUUGACAUUGUGAUUAGAUUUUUUUUUAGAAACUAUUAGUGAAGUGAAGUGAUUGUUUGAACCAAAAACAAUUUAUGAACGGACGGAAUUUGUGUAAAAAGGAUAUGGCGGCAUCUCAUAUUCUUAGUGCUGUGGAACCUACGGUGGGGGGAGGCGGUACACGAGGUGGGCGUGAACGGGAAGUCAACGUUGCCCUUGAUGACCGGGACCUGUGGGUUCGAUUUCAGACGCUCACCAAUGAAAUGAUUGUUACUAAAAAUGGCCGACGAAUGUUUCCUGUAGUAAAAGUUACGGCUAGCGGAUUGGACCCUACGGCCAUGUAUACCGUUCUACUUGAAUUUGUACAAGUUGAUAGCCAUCGGUGGAAAUAUGUUAAUGGAGAGUGGGUUCCCGGCGGAAAGGCGGAAGUGCCGCCCUCUAACGCAAUAUACAUACAUCCUGAAAGUCCCAACUUCGGUGCGCAUUGGAUGAAGGAGCCGAUAUCGUUUGCUAAAGUGAAACUCACGAAUAAAACCAAUGGAAAUGGCCAGAUAAUGCUGAAUUCCCUUCACAAAUACGAGCCCAGGGUCCACCUAGUAAAAGUCGGCACAGAUCUCCGUCGAAUUAUGACAUAUCCAUUUCCUGAAACGCAAUUUAUCGCCGUAACUGCGUAUCAGAAUGAGGAAGUGACGUCACUGAAAAUUAAAUACAAUCCAUUUGCAAAAGCAUUCCUGGAUGCAAAAGAGAGGCCUGAGGGGUAUUACCAGAGGGACUUUGUUGGUUCUCACUACCCUCAACAAAGCUCUUCGCCUCACCAGUACCCACAAUUUGGAGGCUGGUUUGUGACAUCACAGCCAUUGUAUGGAAGCGGAAAUUCAGCGUCUAGGAGGCCUGCACCAUAUCCGCCACGCCCUCCUUCGCGGCCGCGAACUUUGUCGCCUCCCUCUACCUACAGCACCGCCGAGCGAUCACCAGUCGCUACAAAUAGCAGUUACACCUGGGCUGGAAGUAGCAGUUACUGGAGCUCGCAAGGGAACAGUUCACCUCAACCUAAUACCUCCCCAGUUCCCUAUAGAACUCCCCCACACGCAUACCCCGCCCCCAUAGAGUAUUCUGCCCCCACGACAACGGCACCUGCGUCAGCUCCCGCCCCCCUCUACCCGCUACAGUAUGAUGCGCCAAGUCAGCAUCAUUCACCAUACUACCAACAUGCCUACGCUCCAUACGCUCAUCACGCUAUUGAAGAUAUUUCGUAUUGGCCGAAUAGUUUGAACAGCUACGGAUACCAACCGUCUGAAUACGUGGGUACCGGAGAAGUAGCGUAUGCCGCAGAAGGCAUGCCUUUCGGAAGUGGUGCCCCACUCGAAGCGAGCACCAACCACGAGGAACGAACUACCCCCCAAGGCACUGAACAUCAGAGUGGCGAUCGGGAAUAUAAAUAUAAUACUGAAGAGGAUCGGCAUUCACCUUGUGAAAAUACAACUUUACCCUCGCGUUCGCCACCCCAAUGACAUGCUUUAGUGAAAUAAAAUACUGUUUAAGACGUGUGUUAAGUCCUAAUUGUUACUCAAUUCGAUUGAUUCUGAUUGUUAUUUAGAUCUGUGUUUGGCGGAAGAGGCAUAAUCGACCAAUUGCGAUGGGUGAAGUGAAUUCUAUAAUGACAUUCACAGAAUACGGGGGCUCGGCAAUGCUAUAGAUAAAUUUAUAUGAAUAUCUGUAUCUAAGACCGUGAGCCAUUGUAAUCUGUGCCUUCCAGCCGCAUUUUAAAAAUUAAAUUCGGUUUAAGAUGCAUUGGAUACAUUAAUCAGUCAGAGGCAGUUAACUGUAUUUACCUAUAAUAAUGUUCAUGUCUGCCUACUUUAAUACAUGUUCUGGAUUCGUUAUGGUAAUACAUUGUAUAUAAAUCGACUUCAAAACCUUCCCUACGGGACAAGUAUUCCAGUUUCAAUACGAAAUACGCUUGGUGAAAAUAGAUACUGUUUUCUUAUUUUUUGUGUUAUUGUACAAAAUAAUUAUUGGACAUAUUAUUAUGCCUUAAUUAAAUUCGUAGGUAUAUUUUUCAUAUAAAUAACAAAUAUUAUUCCGUACCUAUAUCAAAAUUAUUUUACUAUUGUGCUUGUAAUACAUAUAAUUUAAACUCACUUGUAGUCUUUGCGGAAAGAAAGAACCGGCGUUGCAGUGUCAAACUAAUAUAAUUAUUAUUUCCUACGCGCCAUUUCAUUGGGAUUUUCGUAUUAUAACAUGAUUAUUGUCAAAUUAUAAUGACGUAACAGUGUUGCCAACAUAACAUAAAAGGUAAUUUAGCACUGUAUCGUCCACAUAUCCCAUGACGGUUCUUUCCGUAUAGACCAUGCGAAAUGCUUCUAUUGAUACAGUCAUUUAAAAUUGUACCAUUAAAUCAACAGAACAAGCUUUCAUUUUCAAAUAUAGUUCCCCUCAAUCUUGUACUAUUUUUAUAUGUAAAGUUAUUUCUUUUUUAUUUAUGUGUGAUAUUAGCGUUAUUAAAAACACUAAUAUUAUGCCUAGUAACGUAAGAUUACAUUUACAAGUAAUUUAUGGAGCUAAUGUUAAUUUUCAGAGGAAAAAGUAGAGACUAUCCUGUUAACCAUAUAAUAUGUUUAAUUGGAAUCUACAAUAUUUUUGUAAUUUAAAGUUAUUCAGGAUUCUGAUACCUUCGAUCCGAUGUAAAUAUUUAGACCAAUGGAGUAAAUACAUACCUAAUUAAAUAAUUAUAAGAUCUUAGAAUAUUAUUGUAACUGCAAUGUUUUCAUUAUUAGCUAAUAAAUGUUUUUGUUAAA